AUGCCGGCGAUUUACAACUUCAAAAAGAUUACAGUCGUUCCAUCCGCUGCAGAUUUAAAGGAGAUUGUUCUUUCCAAAACACAAAGAAAAACACCGACCGUGAUUCGCCGUCACUUUGCAAUUAGCCGGAUCCGAUCAUUUUAUACACGGAAGAUUAAAUUUUUGCAGCAGGUUUUACACGAUAAAUUGACUCAAAUUAUUGAUGAAUUUCCAAAAAUGGAGGAGGUUCAUCCAUUUUAUGCCGAUCUUAUGAACAUUUUAUACGAUAAGGACCACUACAAGAUUGCUUUAGGACAAAUGAACAUGGCUCGUCAUUUGAUCGAUGGUAUUGCACGAGAAUAUGUUCGUCUAAUGAAAUAUGGUGACUCGUUAUAUCGUUGUAAAAUGUUAAAGCGUGCAGCACUUGGACGAAUGGUAAAGCUAUUAAAAAGGCAGAAAUCAAGUUUUGAUUAUUUGGAACAGGUGCGACAACAUCUUUCUCGUUUGCCAACAAUUGAUCCAAACACAAGGACAUUAAUAUUGUGUGGUUUCCCAAAUGUCGGUAAAUCGUCAUUGAUGAAUUUGUUAACACGUGCUGACGUUGAAGUACAGCCUUAUGCAUUUACCACUAAAGCUCUUUAUGUCGGACAUCUUGAUUAUAAAUAUCUUCGUUGGCAGGUUAUUGAUACACCUGGUAUUUUGGACCAAUCUUUGGAAGAACGUAAUACAAUUGAGAUGCAAGCAAUCACUGCACUUGCACAUUUGCGUGCUGCAAUUUUGUUCAUCAUGGAUAUAAGUGAAACAUGUGAUCAUACAAUUGAAGAACAGGUAGCAUUAUUUGAAAGUAUUCGUCCAUUAUUUGUGAAUAAACCAGUAUUGAUUGGAUUAAAUAAGCACAGUAACACAAAGGGAGUCAUGGAUUUCAGAAAUACAGCAUGCAAUCAUCUUUUGACGCAACGUGUUGAAAGUAAACUGCAGUCGAGGAAGUUAGCAAUUGAAGAUGGUGUGUUAAGCCGUGUUUUUGUUGCUUACCCUAUUCCGAGGGAUGACAAAGUACGUGCACCACAUAUACCGGAAGCAGUUGUGACGAAAAAAUUUUUUGGCAGUAAUAAUCCUAAUGAGGAGAAAUUUAGAAAAAUACGAAAAUUAGAACGCCAGAUUGAACUGGAAAUGCAGGACGAAUACAUACUUGAUUUAAAAAAGCAUUAUUUACUAAAGAAUGAUGAAGAAAAAUACGAUGUUGCGCCCGAAAUAUGGGAAGGACAUAAUAUCUCCGAUUUUAUUGCAUCAAAUGUUAGAGAUAUGUUAAAGUCAAUCAGGAAAGAGGAAGAAGCAAAGAUUCAAGCUGGGUACUAUGAUGAUGGUUUGGUCUUGGAUGAUGAUGAAACAAAGAAAUUGUUUGAAAAUGCCGAAAAAAUUAUGGAGAAAGAAAGUCGGCUGAAAAUGAUUUCACAAGCCAAAAAAAGUAUUACGAAGCCACGUUUAAGUCGUUCUGUUGCAAGAAAACGGGAUAGAACUAUGGCAUGUUUAGAAGAACAAUUUCGUGGACUUGGUGCUAACAUUGAUCCAUCGCAGUUGAAAAAUUUGGCUAAGGAACAGCUGAAAGAACCUACUAUCAAAAAAAUACGGGUGGGAAAGAGUCCAGGCUUGGUUGCUAGUCGACCACCAAGUCGUGAUGUCCAGGGUAUAAAGAAUGAUGAAAUACGAGAGAUAACGAAGAAAGUUGGACGAAAGAAUCAGAGGAAUUUACAAUACGAAGCAAGGAAAGGUGAAGCUGACAGGCAUAUCUUUGUCAAGCGUCCGAAGCAUUUGUUUUCUGGCAAGCGUGGACUUGGGAAAACAGAUAGGCGGUAA